AUGAGACAAGCUCAACCGUGGAUGAUUGCUCUUCAGGCUAAACUUUCCGAGCUCACAGAGGUCGAUGGGUCUGCAAGGCUCACUGUGGGUAAUACUAUAGUCCUUGUUUCUGUAGCUGGGCCCUUAGAAGCUAAGCCCAGACAAGAGUUGCCUACUCAAGCCAGUUUGGAGAUUGUUGUGCGUCCAAGUCGAGGACUAAGCUCAACAAGAGAAAAGGUUCUUGAGGACUUACUUAGGUCAGUACUUCAGCUGGUAAUUAUUCGUCACCAAUACCCACGUCAGCUAAUUCAGAUAGUUGUCCAAUUCCUCACAACCGACCUCGACAGAGAAGGAGCUAUCGUUAUAUCAGGAGACACAGCUGCUUCAGGUGGUGCUUUCACGUCAAACGAGCUCAGUGCUGCAUUAAACGCUUGCUACUUUGCUUUGAUUGACGCCAAUGUGGCUCUUUACAACUCCUUUGCAGCGGUUUCGGUGGCCAUCGACCAGGAUGGUAAAUGUAUGGAGACCCCGUCUCUCAAACAACUACAAAACAGCUCGAGCCAUCAUGUAGUCUGCUUUGAUAUAAGAGACCAAAAGUCACACAAAAUAUUGCUAGUCGAAAGUAAUGGCACCUUUUCUGAAGAAGAACUCAUAAAAGUUAUUGAGCUUGCGGCUACAGCUACCCAGAAGAUACACACAUCAUGCCAGAGACCAUUAGUUGAAGACAAGGUUAAGCUGGACUUCAUCUGGUCGAGCUGA